AUGCUAAUCUCCUUCAAGGAGCUCCACAAUCUCGUUUACGGACAAUGGGUAGCACCAGAUAGAUGGAGGGAUUGUGAAACGAAAAAUGCUACGCUGGAGAUGGUCAACUACGUGCAGGAAGCAUUUCGAGACAUGCUGGUCGAAAACGAUUGGCUUGACAGCUCUACAAAGGCAUCGGCCCUCGAUAAAGCAAGGAAGAUUCAACGAGCGGUUGGAUAUCCGGAUUUCAUUCUUGACGACAAGAAGCUUGACGAUUACUACAGUGGGUUGUACAUUACGGAAUCGGACUCGUACACUGAAAUGAUGGAAAAAUGGAUUCACUGGCGAAUAUACCUCGAGUUUAAACGUCUGAUGAAGCCUGUUGAUAGGAACGAAGUUAAUUUUAACCCGAUGACGGUUCCUGAAGCUGGCCUAUACGUGAAUGGUAAGCUCGCGCAAGGAGAGACUAUCGCAGAUCACGCUGGAGUAAAAGUAGCAUUCAAGGUAAAUUUUCGAGUUCAGGAUGUGAAAAAAAAUAAAUUUUCGGCGUACAAGAAUUAUCUGAAAACAUUUGGAGAGGAAAGGCGAAUUAGUGGACUAGAAGAGUACAGUAGUGAGCAAAUGUUCUUCAUUGGAUACGCUACGCUGUACCGCGACUUUUUACAUCCCUAUUAUGUUACUGUAGCCAGCAUGGUAAAUCAAGUGCUCGCCAAUCAACCAGAAUUCGCUGCCGUAUUCAACUGCCCUGUCGACACACCAAUGAAUCCGACGAACCGAUGUGCCGUUUGGUAA